AUGGCAUCUUCUACUUUCCACCCUUUCUCAAGACUACCAACCGAACUUCGCCUCAAGAUCUGGGAGGCAGCAUGCUUUCCAUUUCAGCAACAUUGCAAAGCUCUCCACUAUGUCGAGCUAUUUGAUGUAGACGACUAUGACACGAAAAUGCGCCAAAUUAAGCACAAAAACCGAGAUCUAGAUUCAGACCACUCCAGUAACAGCGCCAACCCAUCUGCGUAUACCUGGGAUGUGGGUCUAUGGACGGCCUGCAAAGAGUCCAGAGAGGUUGUUCACUGUCAUCUGAAAAUUGAUGAUCCGAUCAAGGUCCGGAUAAAUUUCCAAGAGGACAGUCCUCAGCCGAUCUCGCGCGAAAAUGAUGGAAACGAUGUUCAGCUUGGAUAUCUGUACAGUCACGAUAGUAGCCAGGAACACAAGCUGGCCGUACGUCCGUCUCAAGAUAUAUUUUGCAUUCGUGGGAACAACUGGGAAUCCCCCGAGUUGUCAUAUGAAUUUCUCGAUAUGUGGAUUCCACUGGUUACCAAAGAUUGGUGUUUUCUUGACGUGUCAAAUGUGGCAUUCGAGUUUGACCCAAGCUGGAACACCAAUUUGCCUCAUCGACUAAGUGAGAUGAUUGAGGAGAAUUCGCCACGUGGGAUGUUAGCAAAGGCGCUUUAUCAUACAGCCGACGGCAAUAGGACACCUCAAGUAUGGAUUAUUGAUAACAACACCCCGUGGUUGAGAAGACCCGACCAAGAUAUCCAUACGGUUUAUUACGACUGUGAGGACGCCUAUGUUGAGAUUGCUUGGGAAGAUACGUGUAGCGACACCAUGAAACAAGCAAGUCAGGGACUUGCCAGGGAGUUUAUAGAAGAUUUGAGCUACCUGGGCCAAGACGACUAUAAUUCCUAUCGCUUCCGUGGAGAGUUGAGCCCUUGGGAGAACUGCGUGUACUAUUCAAAUGCCACAGAGUUUGUCGCAGAGGACGCCGUUAAGCUUCUGGUCCGUCGGGAUAAUGAGUUGAAGUAG